UCCCAAAGAAGGGAUUAGGGGGCGUGGCCAGGAUUAAUUGUUAAUGUGUGACUAAAUUAUCUUGCUGAACGUAAACACAACCCUAGAAGAAGACGGGUUGAAGAUCUUCUGGUUUACAUACUUGGUGGACCAGUCUGCCUGCGGGAAUGCUCAAUCCUCAAAGAUCUUUAUCUGAACUACCAAAGAUGUCGGGUCCAAGCCAAGCCGAGAGGGCUGUUUUGGAGGAGGAGUUUAACUGGUUGCUGAAAGAGGAGGUCCAUGCUGUUUUGAAGCAGCUCCAGGAUAUACUGAAGGAGGCAUCCAGGAGGUUCUUCAUUCCCACCCCAGGACUGGAGAGCCAACUGAAACAGGAGAACUUCAUCCUGGGCAGCUCAACCAUGGACCAGGUGAAAGGAGUACUGACUCUACAGGGAGAAGCCCUGACUCAAGCUGACAUCAAUCUGAAAACUGCUAAAAGCAACCAAGUGAUGCAUUUCACAUUCAGGGAUGAUAAGCACUGGAAAUUACAACAGAUCCAGGAUGCUAGGAACCAUGUGAAUCAGGCUCUGCAGCUGCUGAGUGGUAGAGAUGAGAGCUACCACUUUAAGACUGGGGCUGAGGUCAACAAGCUGAUGGACGCGGUGAUGCUCCAGCUGACCAGGGCUCGUAACCGCCUCACCACUCCAGCAGCCAUGACCCUGCCGGAGCUGGCCACCAGCGGCCUCAUGAAAAUGUUCACUCCUCCAAUGCCAGGCGAUGUGAUGGUGAACUUCUAUAUCAACCUGAGUAAGCUGUGUCUGACUGUCUACCAGCUGCACGCAAUGCAGCCCAACACCACCAAGAACUUCAGGCCUUCUGGAAGCUCUGUGUUACACAACCCUGGAGCCAUGUUUGAGCUGAACAAUGCUAAGUUUGAGGUGAGCCAGGUUCACAAGGUGGAGUGUGUUGUCCCCUGGCUCAACAACACCCUGGUCUUCUUCACCAUCUCCCUGCAGCUCUGUCAGCAGCUCAAGGACAAGAUUUCCGUCUUCUCUAGUUUCUGGAACUACCGACCGUUCUAACCUCCUGCAGCUAGCUGACCGUCAGAAUGCCUAGGUGUUCUAACCUCCUGCAGCUAGCUGACCGUCAGAAUGCCUAGGUGUUCUAACCUCCUGCAGCUAGCUGACCGUCAGAAUGCCUAGGUGUUCUAACCUCCUGCAGCUAGCUGACCGUCAGAAUGCCUAGGUGUUCUAACCUCCUGCAGCUAGCUGACCGUCAGAAUGCCUAGGUGUUCUAACCUCCUGCAGCUAGCUGACCGUCAGAAUGCCUAGGUGUUCUAACCUCCUGCAGCUAGCUGACCGUCAGAAUGCCUAGGUGUUCUAACCUCCUGCCGCUAGCUGACCGUCAGAAUGCCUAGGUGUUCUAACCUCCUGCCGCUAGCUGACCGUCAGAAUGCCUAGGUGUUCUAACCUCCUGCAGCUAGCUGACCGUCAGAAUGCCUAGGUGUUCUAACCUCCUGCAGCUAGCUGACCGUCAGAAUGCCUAGGUGUUCUAACCUCCUGCAGCUAGCUGACCGUCAGAAUGCCUAGGUGUUCUAACCUCCUGCCGCUAGCUGACCGUCAGAAUGCCUAGGUGUUCUAACCUCCUGCAGCUAGCUGACCGUCAGAAUGCCUAGGUGUUCUAACCUCCUGCAGCUAGCUGACCGUCAGAAUGCCUAGGUGUUCUAACCUCCUGCAGCUAGCUGACCGUCAGAAUGCCUAGGUGUUCUAACCUCCUGCAGCUAGCUGACCGUCAGAAUGCCUAGGUGUUCUAACCUCCUGCAGCUAGCUGACCGUCAGAAUGCCUAGGUGUUCUAACCUCCUGCAGCUAGCUGACCGUCAGAAUGCCUAGGUGUUCUAACCUCCUGCAGCUAGCUGACCGUCAGAAUGCCUAGGUGUUCUAACCUCCUGCAGCUAGCUGACCGUCAGAAUGCCUAGGUGUUCUAACUUCCUGCAGCUAGCUGACCGUCAGAAUGCCUAGGUGUUCUAACCUCCUGCAGCUAGCUGACCGUCAGAAUGCCUAGGUGUUCUAACCUCCUGCAGCUAGCUGACCGUCAGAAUGCCUAGGUGUUCUGUCCAAAUCCUUCACACCAACCAACCCAGAUAAAAGGGAUGUCUUGAAAAUAUUGUCUGAUUUGAAGUGGGUUUUGUUUGUAUAAUUUACAGGAGAACAGCCGGAUCAAAGUCCAUAUAUAUUACCAGUGUUUAGUAUUCCAGGGUUUAGGGCCCAUCUGUGUGUUACAGCUGCUUUAAUUCAGUCCCAAAUCAACCCCUAGGCCCUAACCUCUAGACUACACUCCCUACUUGUGAAGAAAGUAUAGGACUAAGCAAUAUGGUGGAGCUACUACCAUAUUGGUAUAUCUAUCCAAUACAUUCAGUGUUUCCCCUAGUUGGGGGUCGUUAGCACAAUGACUGGAAGUCUAUGGGAAUGAAUAUAGGGGAAACACUGCAUGACUGGAAGUCUAUGGGAAUGAAUAUAGGGGAAACACUGCAUGACUGGAAGUCUAUGGGAAUGAAUAUAGGGGCAACACUGCAUGACUGGAAGUCUAUGGGAAUGAAUAUAGGGGAAACGCUGCAUGACUGGAAGUCUAUGGGAAUGAAUAUAGGGGAAACACUGCAUGACUGGAAGUCUAUGGGAAUGAAUAUAGGGGAAACGCUGCAUGACUGGAAGUCUAUGGGAAUGAAUAUAGGGGAAACACUGCAUGACUGGAAGUCUAUGGGAAUGAAUAUAGGGGAAACGCUGCAUGACUGGAAGUCUAUGGGAAUGAAUAUAGGGGCAACACUGCAUGACUGGAAGUCUAUGGGAAUGAAUAUAGGGGAAAUGCUGCAUGACUGGAAGUCUAUGGGAAUGAAUAUAGGGGAAACACUGCAUUCUGAUCUAGACAAGUAGGGACUAGGGGUUGAUUUAGGAUUGGGUGCAUGUAUCUCUCUGUGCGUCAUCUGUUGUAUUUUGUUGGAUAGUACUAACUUGGACCUCCCUGUUGUAUAGUACUAACUAACUUGAACCUCCCUGUUGGAUAGUACUAACUAACUUGGACCUCCCUGUUGGAUAGUACUAACUAACUUGGACCUCCCUGUUGUAUAGUACUAACUAACUUGGACCUCCCUGUUGGAUAGUACUAACUAACUUGGACCUCCCUGUUGUAUAGUACUAACUAACUUGGACCUCCCUGUUGGAUAGUACUAACUAACUUGGACCUCCCUGUUGGAUAGUACUAACUAACUUGGACCUCCCUGUUGUAUAGUACUAACUAACUUGGACCUCCCUGUUGGAUAGUACUAACUAACUUGGACCUCCCUGUUGGAUAGUACUAACUAACUUGGACCUCCCUGUUGGAUAGUACUAACUAACUUGGACCUCCCUGUUGGAUAGUACUAACUAACUUGGACCUCCCUGUUGGAUAGUACUAACUAACUUGGACCUCCCUGUUGGAUAGUACUAACUAACUUGGACCUCCCUGUUGGAUAGUACUAACUAACUUGGACCUCCCUGUUGUAUAGUACUAACUAACUUGGACCUCCCUGUUGUAUAGUACUAACUAACUUGGACCUCCCUGUUGUAUAGUACUAACUGACUUGGACCUCCCUGUUGUAUAGUACUAACUAACUUGGACCUCCCUGUUGUAUAGUACUAACUAACUUGGACCUCCCUGUUGUAUAGUACUAACUUGGUUGGACCUCCCUGUUGGAUAGUACUAACUUGGUUGGACCUCCCUGUUGGAUAGUACUAACUUGGUUGGACCUCCCUGUUGGAUAGUACUAACUAGGUUGGACCUCCCUGUUGUAUAGUACUAACUAACUUGGACCUCCCUGUUGUAUAGUACUAACUAACUUGGACCUCCCUGUUGUAUAGUACUAACUAACUUGGACCUCCCUGUUGUAUAGUACUGACUUGGACCUCCCUGUUGUAUAGUACUAACUAACUUGGACCUCCCUGUUGUAUAGUACUAACUAACUUGGACCUCCCUGUUGUAUAGUACUAACUGACUUGGACCUCCCUGUUGUAUAGUACUAACUAACUUGGACCUCCCUGUUGUAUAGUACUAACUAACUUGGACCUCCCUGUUGUAUAGUACUAACUGACUUGGACCUCCCUGUUGUAUAGUACUAACUGACUUGGACCUCCCUGUUGUAUAGUACUAACUGACUUGGACCUCCCUGUUGUAUAGUACUAACUAACUUGGACCUCCCUGUUGUAUAGUACUAACUUGGACCUCGUUAUGAAUCAGCUUGUGUUGUUGUUUUAGUCUGAAACACUUCUCUUGUUACGGAAUACUAACGUUCCUCCUCUCCACAUAGUUAUACCCUUUUCACACUAUAAUAGCGACCAAAAAUGUGCUGUACUAGCUCAGAUAUGUUUUAUUUGAUGGUUUAUUUGGGUAGGGACCGAUACAAACACGGUUCCAGCAUCUAUGGUUAAUGAGUAACCAGAUCAGCUUGGUUUGUUCAGCAGUGUGAAAAGGUAUUGGAAACAUUUGUCAAGCAGAUUGUCAUACUGUGGUAAAUAAUACUGUUAUUUUGUGUAGACUACGCUACUCAUCAGAAGUAUAUGUUUGUGACAUGAAACAGUGUUACCGUGACUCUAUAUUCCUUGGAAUUAUGCUUUAUGUCAAGUAUAAAGGAAAACGGACAUUCCCAGCUUUGAAGGGUAAACCUUCAUGCCUCCUCAACGAUAAGCUAUUAUUCGUCAUUGUAUCAGUUAAUUUCAAUGUAUGUGUUGUUAGCUAAUGUUUUUAUUUAUUCAAUUGUUUAUUUUUGCACUUGUUACUUGAUGAUUCCCUGUGAAGUGAAUAUCCAUUCCAAUGCUGAACAAAAAUAAUUAUUACUGCAAGUGUUUUAAUUUAUUUUGAGAUGUAUACAUGUAUAUGUUGUGGACCAUAUGAUCUAUUAUCUGUGCAGUAAAGAUAUGUUAUACGUGUAUAUGUUAUGGACCAUAUGAUCUAUUAUCUGUGCAGUAAAGAUAUGUUAUACAUGUAUAUGUUAUGGACCAUAUGAUCUAUUAUCUGUGCAGUAAAGAGAUGUUAUACAUA